AGCUCGGACCAACAUGCAGGAACAGAAAGUGCCAUGCCGCCCUUCUAUCCGGACCCCGCACGAUAAUCUCGGUCUAGACGACGCCGAAGAUGGGCGAUCUGGAGAGGGCUGAUGCACUUUCUUCGUCAAAGCGAUGGAAUUGCCUUUUCUGAUUCGUAUAAAAUCAGGUCCCUGCCCGCGACCCCCAGAAGAUCGCUGUACAGGUCAACUCGGACAAGGAAAUGGCGCAGAGAGCCGCAAUACCCUAAUUUUGUCCAGGGAGGUUCGUAGAAUAGAAAUAGGAGACAUCUACAGUUAAGUUUGUCGUAGCCCUGGCUUUCCCAGUUACUUCAUUCGACUGUGGUUUUGCAUGAACAGCGCGCCUAAAAAUGUGGUCGUCAAUCCCAACUGUGCUAACUCUAUUACUGGCCGUAUCCGGCUCAGUAGCUACCAAAGACAAGGACCACAGAAAGAGCUGCAUAGUCAAGAGCGGCGGCAGCAAUGCGACUGACGAUGCGCCGGAUGUUGAUGUUGAUAUCUACGACACUCUUCUGUGGAGUACUGAUAUCCAAUACUGGCUCAACAACUCCAUGGAUGUCGGAUACCAGAACCAGUCUACUGCAUUGAUAAUUGGCGGUGAUAAUGUUCGCAUCAACGGCCAUGGGACCGGAACGUUCGAUGCCAACACCGAUGGAGCGGAUACCAUCCGCUCGUCUCAUAUUACGUUUAACAACUGGACCGUUUACAACGGAGAUGACAGUUUGUCGAUGAAGGCCCAUAGCACCGAUAUCACCAUCAAGAACUGCAAGUUCCACAACGGCUUGGGUAUCGCGAUGGGAAGCAUUGGGCAUUACAACGACCAGUAUGAGACCAUUGAGAGAGUUACGGCCGAAAACAUCGAAUACGUAAACACACUUCAUGCUUUUUAUAUUAAGACCUGGACGGCCGAUCAGAACGGCUACCCACCUAAUGGAGGCGGGGGUGGUCUCGGAUUCGCAUCCGGCAUGAAGCUUACGUAUCUGACCACAACUUGUUUCCGGGGUGCCGCCUUCGCCAUCUCACAGCGUCCUCGAUUUUCCGGUGCUCCGGGCGUGGGCAAUUGCACCAACUCUGAGUUCCAGGUCCGAAACAUGGAGAUCGACGGCCUCUACGGCGAUAGCAAGUCAGCGAGGGUGGCGAGUCUGCAAUGCAGCGCCGUGGUGCCGUGCACAAAUAUCACGAUGGUCAAUGUUGGGUUGCACCUUACUAACGGCACCCCUGCUGCGCAGUACCUUUGCGGUAAUAUUGCGAACCCGAGCAGAUUUAACUGUACUGGCACGCCUUGCGUUGGGGGGAGUGCUACGGGGGAGUGUUAG